CGUUGCUCAGAUGGAUUCAAUUUAGCAAUGGAAUAAUGGGACUCGACUGAAGAAAUACAGCGAUGAGACUAAUCUCUCCGGUUUGAAUAAAACAUUAAACCAUCCAAUCUAUUCAUUACUAUGUACGGGCCAUAAAAUCCUGAGAAAAUUUCCACCUGAAUCUUCGCCACUAUAAAUAAAUGCACAAGGAAGGAACAUGCACACGCCACCCAGUAUCAAAUUCAUGUCUCUUGGUAAAGUAUAGUUCAUUCAAAUUGACUUAAUGAUCACCCAACUAAUAUAGUUAUCUAUGUAGCAAAUAUUUUAAGACUAAAUUGAUUUGGAAUAUUUGGAAUAUUUUAGAAUUUAAAAUGUACGUACUAAAGUUUUAAACUGUGAGACAAGCUUUGCCAACACCAAAAUUGUGUGCGUUGGUGCGUGAAGUGAAUGUCUCUGCAUUCAUUUUAUCUUAUUCCUUGCAAACCACGAUGAUUACAUUAAAAAUCGUUUAUCACAUCCACCAGAGAUAUGUGCAACGGACGGACGACGGCAAAAAGUGGGUGAGUAAAGCGACUCAACCACUACAUGACUUUCGACGCAUUUCCAUGUUUUAUACCCCGAGGGAUGUUUUUGUUUCUUUACAAACUCCUUCGGUCGUCCACUUCUCCGCCAAAUGAAGGGCUGGUGGUGAGCCCAUGGAUUUAUUAUUUUGUGGAGAGAACGGGAAUGAUGCAGUCGUGUUUACGCACUCGCCAGAGUUGGUUAUUAGCCGACCCCACGCAUACGCCACCGUAGUUGCAGCGUUCGAAUAAUUACCUCGUUCGGCUUUACCCAUCUCACGCACAAUAUAACCAUUAUGUGGUGCAACAAAAUUGCAACUGCACUGGUGUAGAAGAUCAAACGUAUAAAUACCUAUUGUGAAGAUGAUUUUUGACUUUAUUGUGUCGCUGGGAAUGAUGGGUUUGGUGCUACUGACUCAAAAAUGGGCAGUUGGAGCUGAUCCUUCUGACAAGGUCAAUCAACUUCGACAUUCGGACUCGGAUUCGUCAGUGGAGCUAUUGACCUGGGGUCGAGAUACGAUCAUCCACCGUGGUCGAAAGGACAUAUACCUCUCCCACUAUCCACCCCAAAAUUCUGUCGUCGUCCUCAUUGUGAAUGAUGUGCCUUGGACGAAAGGAGACCUACGAAACUUGUCCGGAGAGUUCACGGUCCAUGCUCCUCAGAGACACGGGAUUAUGGCCGUAGUUCAGGUCCUUUACCUGCGCAGUGGAGGCAAUGACCACUGCAUUGACUAUAUCCAGUUCUACGACCCAAUCACUGCUCUGGGGUCGCCAAAAACUUGUGGAAAGCUGAGCAAGGAGAACAAGGCAUUUUCUCCACCAGACGUGGUGGGGGCUCGUGUGUUCAACAGCCCUUCGGGAAUGAUGCAGGUGGCGUACAGGUCGGCAAAGGGGGACCCCACCUUCCCAAUCGACAAGAACUACGAUCUUUCCUUUCACAUGGUCGAGGUGGUAUUCACGGCUUACAAAGAGUGCAACUUUGUCACAAAUCAUGACAGCCAUAGUCGGUGUGGUGACGCGUGCAUUGCUUCCACGGUUUUCUGCGACGAGAGGAUCAACUGCGGCUCACCUGAUGAGUUUGCAGUGGACGAAGAAAAUUGUCCGGGUCAGAAUGACAGUGAUGGUCACAUCUUCUCCCAACACGUAGGAUCAUUCUUGGUCAGUAUUUAUCUUGGUGCGGGGAUCUUUUUUACGAUUCUGGCAGCAGUGACAUGCUACCAUCAGCACAAGGCGUACCAGAGGAUCAAAAGUAUUCCGCAUAAGUGAUGUGCAUGAUCUCCUCAAUAAGUAACACUUUCUCCUUUCCUGAAAAUAAAUACACAAUUGUCGCCUUUUUCAAAUUAAUUAUGUGUUCAGUAUUUCAGCAAAGUGUUAACAGAAAAACAGAAGAAUAAGCUUUUCAAUUCCACAAGAAUAUUCAAUCCCGUCCUGAGUAAUACUCGAAUAAAUAUUGCAGGAACAAAACUGUCGAACAUCUUGUAUGUAUUUGAACAAUGUAUGUAUGCAAUAAUUAAAAUACAAUAAAUUUCAGUUGUAUUUCGGA